AUGAAUGAAAAGACAAACGACAUGGAAACAUUUGAUGCACCACCGUGGGAGAAGUUCGGUCGUUGGGUGUAUUGCAUCUGUGUAGUGACAUUCGAUCUUGAACUGGGGCAGUCAAUUGAAGUAGUCUAUCCCGGUGAUGCACAGUUGACAGUUAGUGAGAGAAGUAGUAUAUGUUACUUGUCAUUCCCGGAUUCCAAUUGUGGCAUGGCACGUGACACCAAUUUUCACUUCCGGAUACGUCGAUCAUCUGGUUCUAAGUUAUCUGCAUAUGGUACAUACUCGGAACGAGUGCCAGCAGCUAUUGAUGCCGAUCCUCAAUAUUUUUAUGGGUUUGUUCAUUCCAGACAAAAGAAAGAUUCUUCUUUGCCACGUGGUUACUUUCAAAAGAGUCUUGUUUUACUAACAGUAUUGCCUCUUUUUGAUUUGUUUUCACUUGUUGUUGGUGUAAUUGCGCAAGGCUUUUUCGAUUCUGGAGAACCAGCGAUCGAAGCAGCUUGUCAUCACAUUGAUCAGUGGUCGAUUCCCAUCCCUGGUAUCGUGCUUUGUUUGCCACUAAUGGGGAAUGUGAUACAGUGUCGGAUUCCAUGCCAAAUUGAUGUAUAUUCACCCCAAAGAAGUUAUCUUAUGAAUGUUAAGUUAAUGUCACCCAAUAAAAGUCCAGUUUUAUUAUCCAUAAUGAAUAAAUCGAAUAUUCCUGGAAGUUUAUUGUUUGUUGUUAACCAUGUGCAGUUAUUAUGGGAAUUAGUGUUGACUGGAGAGCCAGUUGUGGUGCUAGCUCAAAAUCCGUCGGAUUGUUCUGCGUUCGUGCAGUCUCUGAUUUCUUUGAUAUGGCCUUUAAGGUAUUCCAGUGACUAUCGACCCUUUUUCACAAUUCAUGAUACUGAAUUUCGGGAAUAUUCGUCGAGGACUGAUCCAUGGCCAAAUGUGAUUCUUGGAGUGACAAAUCCAUUCUUUACAAAAAUAUUUCAAAACUGGCCUCAUAUUAUUCGCCUGGUUCCUUCACAGGAGCAACAGAUCCCCGUUGGAGGAAAAAGGAAAAAAAUCUGGAAUAAACGUGCCCUUGAAACAAAGUAUGGCUUAUUUAGUCAAUACAAAAUGUUUCUUCAAAAAGACAAGACGCUUUUCAAAGAUCUUUUGAAGAUCAGCAAUUCAGAUUGCACGGAUGGGACAGAACUACAACGCCGGAUACUUGAUUUGACGCAGAAUUUCUUGAUGCCUUUAGAGAAUUACGUUUCAUCAUUAAUGCCUCUGAAAAAGCAUCUGUCACCUUUCAAGAAUGUUCCACAGAUUUAUCCGUUCGUGGUAGAGAACUUCUUUUCUGCCUUGGAUGAGACAAGAAUUAUACAGACAUCGGGUAUCAGAGGUGACUGGCGUGGUUUAUAUCAAAAAUUCACAACUUCACUGAACUUUCAAGAUUGGUUGUCUCGCAAAAAGGCUGAUUUGGAACGGCAGCUGCGACUUUUACAUCUAGAAAUGCUGUGUAGCGCAGAUUUCAACAAGCAAACACUUCAUAAACGUCCACAAGUUGAAGUCGUUGAUCUUGUCCUUAAACUAAAUGAUCGCAUCCAAAAUUUGGAUGAAGCAUCGGAAAGUUCGCGAGUUCGGUUGCAAUCACAAAUUUCUGCUAUUUUAUCAUGUGUGGAUGAUGAUUUAAAAUCAGUUUUGCUGUCUAAUGGUUCUUUGAGGGAUUGUAUUUAA